GUCAUUGCUAAAAGUUCAAAAAGCCCUCAACAUCCUCCCCCCGCCUUUGUCAAAUUUGAGUCAGCUGUAGGUCAAGGACCAUGAGGUGGAUACCAACCCCCCUCCCCCCUCCCUCCUCCCUCCCUUUUAUCUGUCAAUUUGUCAAUUUGAGUCAGCUGUAGCAAGGACCAUGAGGUGGAUGCCAAUAUCAGUGGGUUGAAUGGCGGAAAGUGUACUCAAUAUCCUUUCCACUUCUACUAUUAUUAAGCUUGAUGACCAACACAUUGUUGACAAACAACGAGAAAUAUGAGUAAUCCGUCUGUCAGUUUUAUAUAAUCCCUCAGCCCAAGCGCUCAGCGCUGAUCCACAGAGCAAAGUAAUCAAUAUCUUUGGCAUAGAUGGAUUCCGAGAGCCUAACUCUUCGACCAUUCAGGGUAAGCGAUGUGGAUGACUUAAUGCUGUGGGCGGGCGAUGAGCAAGUCACUCGAACCAUCCGAUGGAAGACCAUCACCUCUAAGGAGGAAGCCUUGACCUUCAUCAAAGAAGUCUGCAUCCCCCACCCUUUUUAUCGAUCCAUAUGCAUAGAUGACCGCUCCAUCGGCUUUGUUUAUGUCAUCAGGGGGUCGGGCGCCGACAGACAGAAGGCGAGCAUGGGGUAUGGUGUAGCUGCAAAGUAUUGGGGGCAGGGGAUUGCCACCAAAACUGUGAAGAUGGUUAUAUCAGAGGUGUUCAAGGACUUCCCUGAUCUGGUAAGGUUGCAAGCAGUUGCUGUGGUGGAGAACAUUGCUUCUCAGAGGGUGUUGGAGAAAGCUGGAUUCACCAGGGAGGCUUUACUCAGGAAACACUCAUUUCUGAAGGGCCAAUUGAAAGACUUGGUGAUAUAUAGUCUUUUGUCCACUGAUUCGAAUGGGGCCGUGGAUGAUGAAGUAUGAGAAAUAGCAUCAUGUAUUUGUAUAAUGGGAUAUUAUUUUUAAUGGAAAAUGGGUAACUAAUUCCUCUCA